AUGUGUGCCAAGCCCCUGUGGCUUAUAUCUCAUAAAUUCAAACGUCCUGAAGUGAGUAUUCCUGGAGUGAGUAUUCCUGAAGUGAGUAUUCCUGGAGUGAGUAUCCCUGGAGUGAGUAUUCCUGGAGUGAGUAUUCCUGGAGUGAGUAUUCCUGAAGUGAGUAUUCCUGGAGUGAGUAUUCCUGGAGUGAGUAUUCCUGAAGUGAGUAUUCCUGGAGUGAGUAUUCCUGGAGUGAGUAUCCCUGGAGUGAGUAUUCCUGGAGUGAGUAUCCCUGGAGUGAGUAUUCCUGGAGUGAGUAUUCCUGAAGUGAGUAUUCCUGGAGUGAGUAUCUCUGGAGUGAGUAUUCCUGGAGUGAGUAUCCCUGAAGUGAGUAUUCCUGGAGUGAGUAUUCCUGGAGUGAGUAUUCCUGGAGUAAGUAUUCCUGGAGUGAGUAUCCCUGAAGUGAGUAUCCCUGAAGUGAGUAUCCCUGAAGUGAGUAUUCCUGGAGUGAGUAUUCCUGAAGUGAGUAUUCCUGGAGUUAGUAUUCCUGAAGUGAGUAUUCCUGGAGUGAGUAUUCCUGAAGUGAGUAUUCCUGGAGUGAGUAUUCCUGAAGUGAGUAUUCCUGGAGUGAGUAUUCCUGGAGUAAGUAUUCCUGAAGUGAGUAUUCCUGGAGUGAGUAUUCCUGGAGUGAGUAUUCCAACAGUGUCAAUGGAUAUCAAAGGUCGGUUUAACGUGAUUGCAUUUGCAUUCUCCGGAUCUACUCCAUUCUACUUGACAAAGGUCAGAUAA